AUGGCACCAUCAUUACUAGUUAGAAGUUGGAAAGAAGACUGCAUCUAUCUGGUGCAGUUUCCUAGAGCUGGUAGUGCACCAACCAUAUCAUCGUACUCUCUGAAGAUGGAGACGUGGCUGAGGAUGGCUGGAUUGACAUAUAAGGUAAAAGAUGUUACAGUAUACUCGAUAGACAUUUCAUGGCAAAUGUGCUCGUAUUUGUAAACCUAAGUUGGUAGUAUAAUAUAAUCAAAUGUAUUAUGCAAACCAUUAAUAACAAUAGAAACCUAACACUUACAGAAUGUGAACAGUGAGUUCAAGCACAAGUCAGAGAAGGGACAAGUGCCAUUUGUGGAGUUGAAUGGUCGCCAGCUCUGUGAUACCAACUUUAUGAUACCAGAACUAACUCGUAUCUUUCAUGUUCAACUAGAUGAGAAUUUGAGUGAAAAGGAACGUGCUGAUUCUGUCAUCCUUGAAUCCAUGAUUCAGGAUUCUUUGGCAUGGUGAGUUAUGUAAUGCUGUGUAUGAUAAUAUAUAUGUUGCUUUACUUCAUUAAAAUCUAUAUCUGAUUUUACUUUCAUGGUAGUAAUACAUAUUACGUUAUGUUGAUAGUAUAGUAUGUUAAUAUUGGUUUUAACGAUGAACUGAGUGGCUUAAGUGAGUGCUUAUACCUUAACAUGUUUAAGGUCGGCGCUUUACUUUCGAUCCCUUGACCAGUCGUUUUUGGCUACAAAAGAAGGUAUCGUUGGUCACUUUACCGGAGUUAAGAAGUACUUUUUAACCAUGUUUUUGAUACCGUAUUUGCAGCGAAUGGUAAGUUAAAUGAUUUGAUUCUUCUUUGGAGUAGAGUAAUCUAUGCUUUUAAUAUUAUUAUAGUAGAAUUGCUAUAGCAUUCUAUUAUAAGAUCUACUAUAGCAUGCUAUUGUAAAUUCUUGAAAUAUCAUAGUGAUCUUGCUUAAUAUUUUAUAUUCUCAGUUUCGACAAAGGUGUGCUGCUCAAGGUAUUGGCAGACAAUCGCCGACAGAAGUAUUGGAAGUGACCAACAAAAAGCUGAAGGCACUCUCAGUGUUUUUGGGUAACAAAAAGUAUCUUGUGGGUGAUAAAGUUACUUCGGUAGGUAUAUUUGAACUUCUUAAAUACAAUUAUUUUCUGUACAAAGUUGUCAAAGUAUGUAUUAUAUAGGUUGUUCAAAUAAUUCUGUGGUUCCUAGCCCUGAAAUUUUGUAUUUCGAGGGGGCACAGAAUAAUUUGAACAACCUUGUACAAUAUUUGUCCUAUGAUGAUAAAGCAAGAAUAAGGUAAAAAAUCAUUUACAACUAGUACACUUCCAGAUAGACGCCACUGCCUUUGGCCACCUGAGUAUGAUCUACUAUUGUCCUAUGAACAAAGAGGUCAAAAGAUACAUGGAAUCUGAUUGUCGCAACCUUGUCAACUAUCUCAAUAAGCUUAAGCAAGAAUACUGGUCCGACUGGGAUGAGUGUACCUCUAAACUGUCGCUAGACACCAAGCCUAUCAUCAAAAAAUAA